CUUGUGCAGGGAUGGGGGACAUUUUGUCCUGUGUUGGCUCAGGCUUGUGCAAGCUGCGGUACCUGUGAGAAACGCAGGUGAGCCACAUCAGAUGCGCAUCCCUCAGGGUUCACCCAAAUUCUCCCUGCGCCUGCUGUGGGGGGUGGACAGCUCGCUGCCAGCUUUGGGGGGGGAGUUGUGCUCUCCCAGGGCUCUGGCCUUGGUGCCCUUAUCUUCCCUGCCUGCAUUAUCUCUGCCUAAGCCCAUCUGCAAACAGGAAUUCGCGUCCUGUCUCAUGCCGGUGACACGCCUGCGCUGCCGCUCCGCUCCUGGCAGAGGCUGCGUGUCCGGCGGCUCUGCUUGGCUGGGGGCUGCAGCCCCUGCCCUCGCCCGGCGUCUCGCUUUGCCUGGCUUUUCCUGGCCAUCCUGCAGCACUGGGCUGCGUGGCACCGCAGAGUGCGGUGCAGAGACCUUUCCUAAGUUAACCUGGCAUUACCCAAACAUCCCUGGAACUGGCUGGGGGUCUGGAAAAGUCGUGGGGCUGGGAAUUUGAAGGAAGAACAGCAAUAAACCCAGUUUGGUCCUGGAUCGCAAGCACAGCCCGUAUCCUCUUGCAGCAGAGGUGUCGAGGUAGGGCCCUGGCAGUGGCAGCCGGCUGCAUCUCUGUUGCUGACUCCUGCGCUUUUGUUAUGAAUUUCGUAAUGGUUUUGGGCUUAUCUGAAGCGCCGGCAGCCGGAGUCGGAGGAGCGCGUGACAGUCUGUGGGGGGGGGGGAGGCUGCCUCUCCCCCCGUCCAGCGCGAGCGAUGUGUGGUGUUGGGCAGAGCCUGGGAAUUGCUGCAGGUUUAUCGAUUCUUCUUUCCCAAUCCUGUAACUGUGGAGUGAAUUGGGCGGGAGUUUUUGGUGUGGAGGCAUCCCUGGUAAUGGGAAGGGUCUCGGGCUGGAAGCAGCACGGGGCUUUGUGCAGUGGGGCGGACCAGCCAGAACCUUUCCUGAAAAGCAGGGCUGGAAGGUCCCCUGUGCCAUCUUCUGACCUGCAGUGCAGCCGUGACCUGCCUGCCCCCCCUCCGUGUUUGGGAGUGCUGGGGAUGCAGCAGUGAGCUUUGCGGCUUGUUAGGAGGCCACCCGGGCUGCGGAGGAGAUCAGGUCGUGGUGCUAUGCAGAGUGUUUACCUGGCUCCCCGUGCUCCUCGACAGUGCUUUUCCCUCGAGGAAGAUGACCUCAACUUAACAUCACUAGACGCAGAAACCAUCUUGGAGGCGGAAGAGAUCCUGGGGACGAUGCAGAACUAUCUUGACUCCUCUGUGAUCUCCAUCAUCGAGGACCUCUCUCUGAGCGAGCAGAGCAAGGCCUGCCUGGAUGCGCAGAACGAGCUCUCCCUGCUGACUGCCAUCACCGAAAUCCUGGACAGCACGGACGACGAGACCCUGUCCCCCUUCGAUACCAUCAUGGAUGCGGAGCUGCUGACCUCGCCUCGGGAGCGGGAGAAUCCCUCGUUUCAGAAGUUUCUCAGCUUAUCCCGGCCAUCACUGGAGUGCGAGAGCCCUGCCCUGGAGCAGCCCAAGGCUCUCAGGCCUCUGAGCAGCAGCAGCAUCCCUGCAGUGGGGAAGACCGACACAGACCUGGCUUGGGACCGUGCCACUCAUGGCCUCGAGGCCCCAGUGCUGCCGAAGAAGCAAGUCUGCAGCACGCCAAGGGUGGAGAGGAAGCUGGGCAGGCACCGGGCCCGAGAGCAGCCCCUGCCACAGCGCAGCGAUGGGGAGGAAGAGGAGGAGGAGGCUGCCUUGAGCCUGGAGCUAGGCAGCAGGAUGGAGGCUGCCGAGUUUUGUGUGAACGGGGCUGGGGUGGCACUGGAGGAGCAUGAAGACCCCUGCAUCAUCAACACAAGCGACGUGUCCCUGAGCGAGCUGGUGAAGUCCAUGCACCCCUACUGCCUGCCCACUUUCACUGUGUGCCUGGACCCUGAGGCCGAGCCCGUGGCCAAGGAGAUCCUGAGCGGUCCCGUCUUGCUGGAAAUUGUGCCUGGCGAGGGGGAGAGCGUGGAGAUCCCUGUGGUGCUGCAGCCUCUGGCCCCCGGCUUCCCCAACCAGGAGCCCCAGCUCCUGGGAGCAGAGGAGGGUACCGGAGAGUCAGUCCCAGAGGAUCAAGAGGAGCUGCCAGGAGCUCCAGCCCAGGAAAGCGGGAAGGAGGAGAAAUCGCCUGGGAAGGAGCCCUCCUGCACUGCCCAAGAGAGCGUGUCCCCGCCGGAGACAGCAGCACCCAGAGCCUGGAGCCCUGACGGCAGCUCCCGGCGCAGCGCAGAGGCACCGGCAGGCAGCAAACGUGAGGGCACCGAGAAGGGACGUGGCCGUGAGAGAGCAAGGAAAAGUCGGAAAAAGAAAGCAGAGGAGGACCAAAGCGAGCAGGCCAGGCCAGGCAGGGACUGCAUGGCCCACCGGCUCCCCCCUGCCACAGCCCCCCCACCCCCAUCAACACCAAUGCCUUUUGUCGCGCCGAACGUGCCCUCCGCCGCUGGGGUGGCCCCUGCCGGGAUGCCGCCAGCCUCUGCCGGUGCUUAUGCCCUUUACCCACCAGUGCCUUCCUGGCCCUGCUUCGGCCCGCAGCCCGUGGGCUGCCAUGGUUUGCCCCCGCCGCCCAGCACUGGCUCCCCCAGUACUUUUCACAUGGUGCCUGGCCUUCCACCUCCGGCCAUGGCUUGGCCCCCACCAGCCGUGCCGCCCCCACCUCCCUUUGCCCCUGGCGGCCCCUAUGCCCCGGUAGGGUGGGCACCACCAUCCUACUGGCCAGGAAUCCCCAUGCCGCCUCCGGUGCCUCCCCUGGCCUACGGGGACCCCGGAGCGGCGCUGCAGGGCGCUGCCACCUUCCCGGCUGGUGGCCACCCCAGCACGGCCCUCCUGCACGGGCAGCCCCCCACCGCCCCGGCACUCGGCUGCCCGGAGCCGCCUGCCCUCCCCACCCAGCCGCCCGCCACCUCCGCCACUAACUUGCCGUGCUUUCUCCCUGGCCCAGGGAUCGAAGCCACCGACCUGUCCAGCCUGCUGGAGCAGUUUGAGAAGUCUGAAGCCAAGAAGGAGGAGGCUCCCGUGCAGCCCCCCGAGGACAAGCGGCCAGCGGGGAGCUCUGGGCCUGAGACCCAGCAGGACAGGAAGCCCCCAGACAGCCUGCAGGCCUCUGAGCUGGCCAACGUGGCAGGUAAUGCCUGGGGUGAGGAAGGGCCCCAGAAGACAGCCAACCUGACGAAAGCCAAGCUGCUGCCCCAGAGCAAGCUCCAGGGGAAGAGCCUGGCACCGGCCCCUGCCACCUCAGCCCCCAGCCACGUCUGCUUGGGAGACCACGAUUACUGCAUCCCAGCUGCAGCACGGCCGGAGAGCAACAGCAGCCCCAGCACGCAGCCCCCGACCGAGGGCGGCUCCCGCUGGAACGUCAAACACCAUCGGGACAUCACUAUCAAACCCAUCUCCUCUAGCGUCCCCAACAAGGCCACCGCCGGGUGCAGCAGCCCCCCCACCUCGGUGCUCCUGUCUCCAGCUGCAUCCCCUUGCCGGGACCAGGAGGUGCGGACUCCCAGUGCCCAGCCCAGCCAUGCUUCUGCCAAGAGGUCUCUGCACUGCUACCGGAGACCCCGGGACUCGGCCCACCCUAGCUCCAGUUCGGAUGGAGCUAGCGAGUCCUCAUCUUCAUCUUCAUCCUCGUCCUCCCGAUCCCGGUCACGGUCGUUCUCCCCACCGCCUAAGCGGUGGCGAAGGUACCGCUCAAGAUGUUCCCACAGCUCCUCCUCCCGCUCCAGUUGUGGGUCAUGUGGCAGGUCCCGGGACAGGUCCUCAUCCUCAUCAUCAACAUCUUCCUACUCAUCCCGGUCCACGUCCCGCAGCCAGUCCCGCUCCCGCUCCCCCUCACCCCGCAGGAGGAGUAACAGGCGGAGAAGAUACAGUUACGACGCACAGGACCACUACCAAAGGCAGAGGAUCCUCCAGAAGGAACGUGCAAUAGAGGAGCGGCGAGUUGUGUUUAUUGGCAAGAUCCCCAGCAGGAUGACGCGGUCGGAGCUGCGGCACCGCUUCUCUGUGUUCGGGGACAUCGAGGAGUGCACCCUGCAUUUCCGCUCCGAGGGGGACAACUAUGGCUUUGUCACCUACCGCUAUGCCGAGGAAGCCUUUGCCGCCAUCGAGAGCGGGCACAAGCUGCGGCGCCCGGACGAGCAGCCCUUUGCCCGGUGCUUCGGCGGCCGCCGGCAGUUCUGCAGGAGGAACUAUGCCGACCUGGACUCAAACCGGGAGGAUUUCGACCCAGCUCCCGUCAAGAGCAAGUUUGACUCCCUGGACUUCGACACGCUGCUGCGGCAGGCACAGCGCAGCCUACGGAGGUAGCGGCAGGCAAGGCGGAGCGCCCGCCCCCACUUUUAUACUCAAAUACAAAAGACAAAAAAAGUAUGG